AUGAGGGAAGCAGUUGAUGAACCGAACAUCCACUGGCUAGAACAUUCGGUUUCUUUUGAUCUGUCAGAUUCUCAACUUGAUUUUCCGAUCACUCCUAGGGCCUUUCUGUUCAGAUGCUUUGAGAAGAUUGAGAAGGCACCACUUUCAGAUUAUGAUGUUAAUCACAUGCUCUUCUCUUUCUAUCUUAAAUACGCCAAGCCUCAAUUCAAGACUUGGAGUUCGCAGAAGAUUGGUGUUGUAAAGGUUUAUGCUCCUGUACCGACUGAAAAGUUCAUAAACGUCAAGUUCAAAGGAUUCCAAGGAGCAAGUCAUAUCGAAGAUGAAUUUACUCUUAUUGAUCAGCCUUGCAUGAAUCCAUACGAUUGGAUUUCUUUGUUCCUGAUUUUGUCAAAAGAUGAAUAA